GAUGGGGCCGUGGGGCUGCGUGGCGCAGCGGGUCGGGGCGCUGCUGUGGCGCCGGGCCUUCUCCCCGGGAGCGUGGCCCGCGGCGGCCGCGGGGCUCCGGCUUCGGCGGCUGUCCUUGGGGCGGCUUCCGGUGGGACCGACGCUCGGCAAGGUCUGCCCGGCCCCCCACCGAGCGCGCGGCCUGCACGACGGGCCGGGCCUGGAGGAGCGGGCGGAGGGAACAGCCGGCGAGGGGCGCCCGGAGUCCGGCACCGGAGAUCAUACUGGUCCCAAGUUUGACAUCGAUAUGCUGGUUUCACUUCUGAGGCAAGAAAAUGCAAGAGACAUUUGUGUCAUCAAGGUUCCUCCAGAAAUGAAAUAUACAGAUUACUUUGUAAUUGGUAGUGGAACUUCUACUCGACACUUACAUGCCAUGGCCUACUACAUUGUGAAAAUGUACAAAUACCUGAAAUGUAAAAGUGAGCCUCAUGUUAAGAUCGAAGGGAAGGACACUGAUGACUGGCUCUGUGUGGACUUUGGUAACAUGGUGAUUCAUUUGAUGCUUCCAGAAACCAGAGAAACCUAUGAAUUAGAGAAAUUAUGGACCCUUCAUUCUUAUGAUGACCAGUUAACUCAGAUAGCACCUGAGACCUUACCUGAAGACUUCAUUCUUGGAAUAGAAGCUGACACUUCAUCUCUGGCUCCUGUGGAGUUUAAAUGUGAAUAAAAUGGUAUCUGGAAAACGAAGCUGCAUUUGGGGCACGUUACAGAUGAGGAAUGAUCCAUAUGUGGAUGCUGUAACACACUGCAGGCCUUAAUACAGCUGUCAGUCUAAUGAAGAUUCCUUUGGGGCUCUAUAAGCAGUCUCGGGACACACGUAUCAGAAGAGGUUUUGCUUUCCCACUGAACUCUUGACUGUGGAUAUUUGUGAAAGAGGCCUAUCCGGCACAGCUUGGCCAAGUCAACUUCUACUGCUAUUCAUCAGCGAAGAACCAAAUGGAAAUACUGAAGAAUGAAAUAAUUUUAAGUCAUAAGAACAACGCCUCUCUUUUGAAAGCGCUGUACCUCACAGCCUGCUAGGGUGUUAUGCAAUUACCACAUACCAUUUAUUCCAGAGGGACACUUUAAGGCCUCUCUUAUUUUAAUAACCGGACAGAAAUGAAUUAAUGCGGACACUGCCCAUAAACUGUGCUCAAUGUUAGUAUCAAUUUAUUUUGUCAUUCUGGUCCUUAUAUUAAAACUGGUAUGUUAAUCUGAACCAAAUUUUUAAAGUAAAGAUAGGAUCUGUUUUAUCUCACUGAAAACAUCCAUGUAAUGUUCUUCCGAAUAGUAAACUUUUUGUUAGGGAGGUGGGAGGAGUCAAGGGGCUAGCAGUAAUAAAGACCUAAGGAUCAGACUAAAUCUAAUGUGUAACUCACCAAGGUCUGCCCCAUUGUAUUUUGUCAUGACUAUAUGAUUAUUUGCUUUCUGGGCCAUGUUCCAGAAAUAUUUUAUGCUGCUUACAAAAUAUACAAAAUCUAGAAAGAUAAGACAAAGGAGGUGAAGAAAUAAGAGCAUAGGGACCUCAAAAGAAAAGAUAAAACCAGAAAUGCUUUUAUUAUACAAAUUUGGCUCUAAGCUUCCUAGCAGCUAAUUAAAGAAAAAAAUUAGUUACAUGGUUUACCACAUCUUGAGAAAAACUAUUUGUUUAGUAACUACUUUUCCUGGGACUGACCCCAGAGAGCAACUUCUGAAUGUCCUCAGAGGACUAAUGUAACAGGCAUCAUCCUCAGAGCAAAAGUCCCAGAGCCUCACAAAUGUGGCCUGAGCACGUCUCCGCCUAGAAGAUACCGAGGACCAUAGCUAAGAGAAAAGCUCACGGGCAGAAAGUGUGUUGUAGUCUCAAAGGUUGAACAAAAGCAAAAUCAUCUUUCUGAUACAGUCAUGGAUAAGAGGCUAUAGAUGCUUUUGUUUUACUGAAUUUUGGGAGGUGGGGUAGGAGGUAACAAAUCCAAUAUGGAGAUUAAGAGUGAAUUUAAAAGUUGAGUGAAGAUUUGGAAAAGGAAUGGUGGACAGUAGAGAAGGGCUAAAAGGACCAAACUAUAAUAGAAAGAAGGGGCAAAGACAUAAAGAAAGCAUCAGUAUGCAGACAGAAAAAAGUUCCACACUGGGAGGUUAGAGGAAAGUAAAUGAAGCAUGCCAAGAGGCGGUGUCCUGGACUGACAGACAGCAGUGUGUACUAUUGGUAAUAGCACCUUAAUGAAAAGGUGACUCAUCAGGUGUCUGAAGCCUGAUGAAGACGUUUCUGAAUGCCACCCAAAUCCCUUUGUUCCAGUUCCAUAUCCACCAAGCACAUCCCUGACCAUAAAUUUCUUUUCAAGGAAACUUUCCUCUGGGAAUAUAAGGCACCUCGCAUAAACAUCCUGUCUACUGGACAGUCAUUAAACUGGCCCAUUCUUACCUGGGAUUCUGUGUAGUAAGCCAUGUUUUCAGGAUUAGAACACCCAGAUAAACAGAUAACUUUUACAUAUAAAAUAAGAAGCCAGAACAAUGGGUUAUGAUAAGUCUCUUUUACCUGUGAAUCUAAGAGUCUGAGAUGAGCUUAAAAAAAAAAAAACGCAUCAGCAUUACCCUAUAGCGUUACACAUUCUUUGCAUGUAAGUUAAUGUUCAGCUGCAUUAUCCUGAACCCUUCUUCCUAAA